AUGGAGGCUUUGGAGCAGGACCGAUUGAUGGUCAAAAGAACGGAGAAAGUCAAACUUCAGACAGACCUGCAGAAGCUGCAGAGUUAUCGCAGUAACCUGGAGUCUUUCAAAGCCAACCUGGAGAACAAAGCCUCUGGAUUGGCCGAGGAGCUGGAAGCAUCGGGACUGCAAGUGGAGACCCUAAAACAGGAGGAGUCCCGGCUCCAACACAUCUUGUCCACCCAGAAGUUCACUCCCGCAGACAUUGAGAGGAUCAACUGGGAGAAGAGGGAGCUGCAGCAGACCAUCAACAGCCUGAGCAAGAGCCUGGAGCAGGCCGAGCAGCACAUGUGGAACGAGGAAAUCGCUCUGGCCAAGGCCAAGGAGACGGCCGAAGUGAAGCUGGCCGAGUACCACAAGCUUGCCCGCAAACUGAAGCUCAUCCCUGUGUCUGCCGAGAACGCGUGCGGCCACGACUUUGAGAUCAGGACCUCCACAGAAUACGGACCGUCCACCAUGGUUCAAUGCAGAACACAGAUUCAACAACUACUGAGGAAACUGAUCACUGAUGUGGACGAGGAGUGUAGUCGACUGACAGACAUGAAACUAAGCCUGGAGGAGUCCAUAGAACAGGUGAAUUCCAAUAUUUCAGAUAAAGCGAAUGACUUGAAACAACUGAGAGAGCAAAUCCGUAGGCUCGACGAGCAGCUCGAACAAGACAUACAGGACAUUGCCCAUGAGGAGCAGAAGUGGUCUGCUGAGAUGGAGUCUGUGGAGACCCACCGCAAGCUGCUGGAGAAGAAGGUGACCCUGGGCUAUGACGAGUCUGUGGAGCAGCUGAAAGCUGCACAGCAACAGUACCAUCUUGUCCUGCAAGAAACCAAUGAGGAGCGGCGGACUGUGGUUAACAACCUUGCCAGUGUGUUAACCACGGCUGCCAACCACCUGUCCAUUGUAGAGAAGUUCUUAGAGGAUCAACACAAGCGAGUAGACAGGGUGUACACAGAAGCCUUCCGAGAGGAUGAGGUGGACAUUCAGAAGAUGAAGGACAUUAUGGAGAGCUUCAUCACUAAAGUGAACAGCAUGUAGUUCCAUGCUUUACUAUAAAAACUGACAUGAGCUCUAA